UGGGAGUGCACUUCAAUGCAGGAUGAACCUUCUGGAUCAAGGCAUGUGCGCAGGAUUCCUCAUCCAGCUGGCAGAGGUAUGAGCAGUGCUCGAGCUCGGCGCUCUCAAAUGCAGUUCUCUUCCACUGGAGGUCUCUCUGCACUGUCUCCUAGCAACAGAGAUUCUAUGGAUCCUAUUGCUGAGCUUCUGUCACAGCUUUCAUCAGGUGUGCGACGCACAGCCACUUUGGCAGCACCAAGCACGACAUCGCAGAUUCAGCAGUUGCAGAUGCAACUUCAGCUGGAGCGGCAGCAGGCGCAGGCAGCACGCCAGCAGCUGGAGCGAUUGCCUCGGCGCCAGGCGCACUUGGCCAGCCCGGCCACUGCGGCUGCCACACUGCACUGCCCACAGACAGCCACUACACCUGCCUCUGUGCCUAGUGGGGAAGCUCCUGCCCCUGCAGCUCAUUUCCUGCUCUCCAGGUGUGUAUCCCUGCUGCAUGUGGUGUUUGCUAUGACCACUGCUUUGAAACAGCUACCGCCGCUGUAG